AUGCCUAAUAGAUCAUCUGAAACCAAUUCUCUCUUGAAGUCUGAGAUUCAAGGAUCAGAGGGUAGACGAGCAGCUCUUACUCUGGUGGCAGCGUCAGUCGGCAUCCCUCUCUUCAAAGAAGACACUGAUUUCGAUGACUGCCUUUUUUUUACAAAGGCAGAUCUCGAACUCUACGAGCCUGCUCGGAGAGUGCCAUACGACCUACGUUGA